GAGCGGUCAAGCGCACAUGGAUCCCGACCACAUGUCAACCGGCAGGUUUCAGUGAGAAAAUGGUGGUAAUAAGUUGGCUCUUACCGUAGUUAUGAGCGGAGCCAGCGUCUUCCUGCAGCUGCUGCAGUGACUAUUACCUCCUCCCACGGAGACACUGGCGGUCACUACACCCGUGGCCACACCCCUCCGACUUUCAGUUACUGGGAUGAUAUCAUGGAUAGAGACAAUCAUCAUGAAGGAGAGAAUGAAGGAGUUAACAUAUGUCAUCCACACUUAGAAGUCAACAUACAAGUGGCCGACACGCUAGCGACCUCACUUUCACUUUUGGGGAAUCACAUGUUUCCAGACCUCAUGGCAAGAAAUGCUGCUAAAAAAGAGGAGCCCACAGAUUCGCUCUUGUCAGAUGUUCCAGCGGAAGAACCCGCUCCGGACUCGUCUCUUCCUAAUCUGGCGACAAAUUUAGAAAACGAGGGGUCUCAGAGCGACGUUUCCACUUUGGAAGUGGAUGGAACAACCGCCGAUGGCGCUCAAAACGACCAGAGCGACUCAGGAGAGUUUGUCGUCACCAUGCUAGUCAAGGCCAAGCUGGAAGAGCAGGGUUUGGGCGUCAAGGGACGGUCGUCUCCGUUGAUAGAGGUGGGCCCUCAGGAGUCUCCGGCCUACGUGUCCCACCGUGAUGAGGACGUGACUGCCGACAGCUGGCGGCAGCACAGGAAGCAUGUGUUUGUGCUGAGUGAGGCGGGCAAGCCCAUCUAUUCUCGAUACGGCAGCGAAGAGGCUCUGUCGUCUACAAUGGGGGUCAUGAUGGCGCUGGUGUCCUUUGUUCAAAGUGGAGAUAAUAUCAUACGCUCAGUCUAUUCAGAGGAGAACACCGUGGUGUUCCUCCAGAAAGGCCCUCUGGUGCUGGUCUGCGUCUCCAGCAGCCGCCAAUCAGAGCAGCAGCUGCGUGGCGAGCUCCUCUACGUCUACUACCAGAUCAUCAGCAUGCUCACGCAGGCCAGCAUCUCGCGCAUCUUCGAGCACAAAAAGAACUACGACUUGCGGCGGUUGCUGGCGGGCUCAGAGAAGAUCCUGGAUGGCCUCCUCAACCUGGUGGACUCGGACCCCAGCUUCCUCUUGGCAGCCGUGCACUGCCUGCCCCUUGCCUCCUCUCUCAGGGACUCGCUCAGUCAGAUCCUGCAGAAGGCCAUCACCCCCAACUUGGUCUUCUCCAUUCUCAUCGCCAAGAACCAGCUGCUCACCAUCGUGCAAGAGAAGACCGUCAUCGAGGAUGCCCGCUUGGAGCCUGCCGACGUCCACCUGCUGCUCAACCUCAUCGGUGCCUCGUCCGCCUUCCAGGCCGGCGAGAUCUGGACUCCCAUCUGCCUGCCGCUCUUCAACCCUGACUGUUAUUUCUACGCGUACAUCUCCUACCUGGACCCCCCCGAGUGCACUGUGUGCUUGCUGCUGCUCUCCACGGACAAGGAGGCCUUCUACGCUGUGGCCGAGUGCAAGAGGAAGAUCGAGGAGGCCAUGGUGGCUCAGAACUCGCUCAGCCUCAUCGCCAAGGCGCAGUCGUACAGCGUGAGCCAGGUGGGCGUCUCUGACCUCAGGCAUUUCAUGUACAAGCCCUUCGACGUUCCCGACAACCACCGCCAACUCACACAGUUCACCAGCCCAGAGAUGGAGGCCCCAUACAGCAGCGAGGAGGAGAAAAUGAGACUACUGGACCUUUAUCGUUACAUGCACAGCCGCAUCCACAGCACCUCCAGACCCCUCAAGCUCAUCUACCACGUAGCCGAGAGGGAAACUCUGCUCGCCUGGGUGACAAGCAAAUUCGAGCUGUACACCUGCUUCAGUCCCCUGGUGACUAAGGCCUGCGCCAUCACGGUCAUCACCAAGCUCCUCAGGUGGAUCAAGAAAGAGGAGGACCGCCUCUUCAUCAGGUACCCGCCCAAGUAUUCGACCACGCCCAAUCCCAGCAAAAGCUCGCGGGCGGCCAAGUCGGACCAGCAGGACUCAACAGAUAAUAACGGCUUCCUGUCUCUCCUAUGAGACUGUCGGGAGAUCAGCGGGAAUCAAACACUACCUUUACCCACACUAUUUAAUUGAAAAGGAAGCGCUUUCCACGCAAAGUGAGCUGAGGUAGGAGAGUUUUAAUUUGAGCUGUUAGAAAGUGAUGACAGAACUAUUUAAGUGUUUUUACGUGGUUUUAUUGUUGGACAUCUCAUGGACUAUGAAUGUAUCAGGUGAGACUUCUUUACCACGAUUAUGCAAACCUAAUGUGGUGAGAAAGAGCAGGCCGAAAGCAGCAACAGACGUAAUAAUUCAUCAAAUUUAUUUUUUUAUCCAUAAAUGCAACAACUGGUAAAAAAAACAAACAUAGGAAACCUUUUUCCGUUACAACCCAACUGUCUGCCGCCAUUUUUAAGUGUUCUCAUUCCACAAGGCUGUGUUUCCAUUCACGCACUUCCAUACUUGGACUGAAUAUUUUGAGUGCAUACUGUAGCUGCGGCGUCAAAAUAAAGGUGUUGCACUGAACUCGAUAGAACUAACCACGCUUGACUAUGUAGAGGAAGUGGAGGGACUAACUCCAGUGGUUACAAUUCACAAUUAAAAAAGAGAGAAGGUGACGCGGAUAAAUAUCGACAACAUUUCUGGUAAGUGCGCAAACAGUGUAAUGUAUCCUGGACAGCACUACACUGUCAACAUUGGCGCCCUCUGGAACUACGUACACAUUUUACAUAGGAUAUAUAUUGAAGUGUGCGAUUUUGGAACACAGCCGGUGUAUCAAUCAGCACACUUCCAUUUUCGCUCUUAGCGUUUCGAGUGCAUACCUGCGUUCAUACUGAGAAUAUGGCAGAAGUAGUCGGACUUUGCACUCAAACGUUGAGUGUGCAGUGAUGGAGACUAACCUAACCGCCCCCAGUCAACGUUACCUUGGCCAUGUAGCGGAAGAGGAAGGGGCUAAUGUGAGUUACUGCAAUUUACUAUUGAAAAUAAUUGAAGAAAGAAAAGACUGUCAACAUUGGUACCAUCAAGAGUAUGUAGUAUACGUAACAUAUUGAAAUGGAAGUGCACAAUUUAUAACACAGCCCAAAACUCCAGAAUUAAGGCGUCAUGGCUUUGUUACAAUUGGCACACUUUCCUACUUACACUUCAAUAUACAGUACAUGUAGCACAAGUAUCUACACUUGGGGGCUUCACGGUGGAAGAGGGGUUAGUGCGUCUACCUCACAAUACGAAGGUCCUGAGUAGUCCUGGGUUCAAUCCCGGGCUCGGGAUCUAUCUGUGUGGAGUUUGCAUGUCCUCCCCGUGAAUGCGUGUGUUCCCUCCGGGUACUCCGGCUUCCUCCCACUUCCAAAGACAUGCACUUGGGGAUAGGUUGAUUAGCAACCCCAAAAUUGCCCUAGUUGUGUGAAUGUUGUCUGUCUAUCUGUGUUGGCCCUGCGAUGAGGUGGCGACUUGUCCAGGGUGUACCCCGCCUUCCGCCCAAUUGUAGCUGAGAUAGGCACCAGCGCCCCCCGCCACCCCAAAGGGAAUAAGCGGCAGAAAAUGGAUGGAUGGAAGUAUGUAAACUCACUGCAUACUUAGUUUUAGAGGAUGUUUUAAAACAUUGUGCACUUACCGGAAAUGCGUAAAUUGUUAUUCUCUCCUUUUUAAUGGUGAAUUGCAACCACUGGAGUUGAGCCUUCUCCUUUCGCUAUGUAGCCCAAAUGGCAAUGACCGAAAGCGGUUAGAAUCCAUGGCUGCAGCAACUGUGUACUGAAAGUAUUUGUCUAUGGAUAUUGUCAUUCAUCCAGGACAUUGUAAUCUCAGGGCAUUCAAACCAAACAGUCCGAUUGUGAUCGACUUGAAUGCCACAAGAUUUGCUGUAAUUGUUAUAUGAAUGCACUCAAAAUGACUAAGUGUAGGUUAGUAUGGAAGCCAACUGAAUCCCUGUCUUAAAACGUACUGUAGUUUGUUUCUUUCUGUAGAGAAUUCAGGAUCCUUUUCUAAGUCCGGUUUUGUAAGGACAGAAGGCUCAUUCUGUCUGCGGUUGUCACUUUAAAGUCUUAAGAGUAUUAAAUGUCUAACAGUAUUAAGAAAUAAAUGCACAAAUGCUGUUCCGUGAA